UGCUGCCCUUGAGAAAGAUAGUUGUACCCUCCUUUGCAUCCUUAAUUGCCAGAAGACCGUUGAUGGUGAGAAGUUCUGCGAGUUCAGAAGUCAAGAGGAAAAUGGUGAAGAUUGGUACCCACAAUGGAAGUUUUCAUUGCGAUGAAGCACUGGGAUGCUUUUUGUUGAAGCGAACAGAUCAUUUUAAGGACGCCGAUAUCGUUCGGACUCGUGACGAAGACAUCUUGAAGCAACUCGACAUUGUGAUCGACGUUGGCGGCAAGUACGAUCCAGAUGCUUGCAGGUUCGAUCAUCAUCAGCGAGGAUUUGCUGAGGUGUUUGGCCAUGGAUUCCAGACAAAAUUAUCCAGCGCAGGACUUGUGUAUAAGCACUUUGGCCGGGAUAUCAUUGCAAAAUUGCUGGAGUCCAGGAAAGAUCAUGAGCAGGUGGAGAAGGUAUACCUUGCAGUGUACAAGCACUUCAUGGAGGCUAUCGAUGCCAUUGACAAUGGUAUCAACCAGUGGGAUGUGGAUACUCCGCCAAAGUACAUGAGCACCACAAACCUGAGCUCGCGCGUGGGAGCUCUGAACCCGCGCUGGAACGAGGACCAGUCAUCUGAGAGGACAGAUGAGCAGUUCUUGAAGGCCGUGCAGCUCACUGGGUCAGACUUCCUUGAUUCUGUGGACUACAUCAGCAAGGCGUGGCUGCCGGCGAGGACGUACGUCCAGGAAGCGAUAGAGAAGCGGUCAGAGGUAGACAGCAGCGGGGAGAUAAUCAGGCUGCCGCGUGUGUGCCCUUGGAAGGAGCACCUGUACGACCUGGAGCAGGAGCUCGCCCUGGACAAGCCCCUCAAGUUCUGCAUCUACGAGGACGAUCGGGCGAAGUCGUGGCGAGUGCAGGCGGUGUCGGUGGCGGCAGGGAGCUUUGAGAACCGCAAGUCGCUGCCGGCAGCAUGGAUGGGGCUGCGGGACGCUGAGCUGUCGGAGGCUGCAGGCAUCCCCGACUGCGUCUUUGUGCACGCCAGCGGAUUCAUCGGGGGGACAAAGACUCUGGAAGGUGCCAUUAGGAUGGCGCAAGCGGGGCUCAAGUUGCCUUGACUGCAGCUGCUAUUGAGCGCUGGCAGAUGCAGCCUGCCUGUCUGACUCAGAGACUCGAAGACUCUUGACUUAGCUUAUUGCAAGUGUCACGGUGACUCACUGUCGGACACUGGCAGUGAAUGACCGUGCUGACUGUGGCCCUUAAGCUUCAAGGGCUUCAGUGACCGUAUGAAAUCUCAUAUGAAGUUCAAC